CGGCGCAAGCGCGCUGGGUCGGGCGGGGGCCAUGGCGGGGCAGGAGGAUCCGGUGCAGCGGGAGAUCCACCAGGACUGGGCGAACCGCGAAUACAUCGAGGUCAUCACCAGCAGCAUCAAGAAGAUCGCGGACUUCCUUAACUCGUUCGAUAUGUCCUGUCGUUCAAGGCUUGCAACACUAAAUGAGAAACUGACAGCCCUGGAACGGAGAAUCGAGUAUAUUGAAGCAAGGGUAACAAAGGGUGAGACCCUUACCUAGACCAUUGCAAUACACCUGCUGGACAGUCGCCUUGGAGAACACAAGCCUGUGUGGGAGAGGCGCCAGCAGACUCCAGCUCCUUCCUGACUCCUUACAGAGUGCCAGGGCUUGUUCUUGCUUUUCUGUUUUGAAAAUGUGGCCUUUGGGCUCUACCAUUUGCAUCUGUGGGUGUGUGGAGUGGGGGAGAAGUCCAAGGGGAACUCUUGGAAAAACAUUGGGCAUUUUACUUAAGUGACUUUUUUUUACUUGGAGAUAUUUGUCAAAGUGGCUGAAAAGCUGGAAGUUUGGGACCCUCCUUAAGAUGCCCUUGUCAACCUCUUCUUCAGUCCCUGCCCCCUGCAGCUUCCCGGGUUUGAGAUGGCUGAACAACAUUUCCAUCAGACCCACAUUGUCGUUUCCAGGAGGGCUCUUUGUUCACUGCCGAUUGUUGGUGGGGGUGCUGAACUCCUUUCUGAGGGGGAGUGGUGUUGGGGUUGGUCCAGGUUGUUGCGCUCCACCAGGGCGAGUUGGCUGCUGUAGAAUGUUGUUACUAAUCUGCCAGGGAAGAUGGGGCCGGGCUCUCACAUGGCUGGAGGGGCCAUUUUCAAAGUCUGUUUCUUUUUUGUCAUGUGAGGUGUCUCUGCCUGUCAUGUUUUCCCAAUAAACUUCUCAACUUUA